CGGACGGGCCGUUUUAAACAUCCUUGAGGGGCCACUGCGGUCAGGUGGAGCAGCGGUACAUCCUGGUGCUCAAACGAUGCUCCCGUAGACCUCACUGUGUUACAUAUGUUUCUAUUUGCACCGUCAUGAUUGGAGCCGGUGACCGGAGCCAGGCGUCUUCCUCCGGAGGUUUCUUUGGGGGAUGACACUGAGUCGGCAGACUAGACAGUUGAGACCCGUUUAGAAGAUCAUUAACCCUACCGAUCACCAGGAGAACUGCGGAGUGAGGAGGCUGGAGAGAGAGAGAGAGAGAGAGAGAGAAAUCUGACACGUGGAUUACUCCUCGAGAAAAAAACACACACUCCCUCCUCCAGAACCUCAGUUCCGUGAUCAUCGCCUGCCUGACAGUCCAGUCGUGCUGGUUAUGGAUCAGAGUUUCUUGUUAAGGUAUGGUUAGGAUUCCGCAAACACUCAUAUGAGGUCUUAACGUUUACUUUUACUGACUUGAUCGAACCCGGAAAGAGAUCGAAAGGAAAUCAGCCGAAGCGGUUGAAAGGAAGGAAGGAAGGAGGACUACCGUUAACUCGCGCUGAAUGGCAGUUAUUCAAAAAUAUGGCAAGAAACAUAGUCCAGAUUUGGUCUGUUACAAGGAAAGCCACCCGUCCGACAAGGUCGGAGCUCCUGGGUGUCAGAAGAAGUGGAACGAACACAACAACACCUGGUCCAGGCCAGAGGCGAGGGUAUGGACGGUGGUGCUGCUGCUCGGGACGUGCCUCCUCUACUGCGCCCGCGUGGCGAUGCCCAUCUGUGCCUUCAGCAUGGCGGAGCAGUUCAACUGGACCAAGAGGGAGUCCGGCAUGGUGCUGGGCAGCUUCUUCUGGGGCUACUGCUUCACCCAAGUGUUCGGGGGCUACGUCAGCGACCGGGUUGGAGGUGAGAAGGUCCUCCUGCUGUCUGCAGCAGCCUGGGGGUCGAUGACCGCCUUCACCCCGAUCCUGGCCCACUUCUGCUCCCAGCCGAUCCUCUCCAUGACGCUGGCCCGCUUCCUCAUGGGCUUGUUGCAAGGGGUUCAUUACCCUUCCCUGGCGAGCCUGUGCUCUCAAAAGGUGGUGGAGAGCGAGAGAGGCUUCCUCAUGAGCACCGUGGGUAGCGGCUCCUACCUGGGCACUCUGGUGAUCGGAGGGGCCGGCUCCCUCAUGCUGGACCUGUACGGCUGGCAGAGUGUGUUCUAUGUGUCCGGUCUGCUCUCCGUCCUGUGGGCCUACUGCAUGUGGAAAUAUCUGCUCAAAGGAGAAGGGCCUAUCAUCACCCUGGAGUCCCUGGGUGGGUCCCAGUCCAAACUGUCCAAAAGACACUGGUUAAGGCUCCUUAAGCAACCUGCAGUCUGCGCUGUGAUCGUUACUCACCUUUGCACAGCGAGCACCUUCUUCACUCUUCUGUCAUGGCUGCCCACAUUCUUUAAAGACACGUUCCCCGAUGCCAAGGGUUGGGUGUUCAAUGUCAUUCCCUGGUUGGUGGCCAUUCCCUCGUCCCUGUUCAGUGGCUGCCUCUCUGACCACCUCAUCAGUCAAGGCUACGACACAGCCUCAGUGAGGAAGUUGAUGCAGUUUUUCUCCAUGGGUGUGUCCAGUGUGUUUACCCUCCUUCUGUGUGGCAACAACACCUUCCCCUGGGCUGUAGCAUUUGUGUCCGCCACCAUGGGCUUCACCACCUUCAGCCACAGCGGUGUAUCUGUAAAUGUUCAAGAUCUUGCUCCUUCCUGUGCUGGAGCUUUAUUUGGUGUCAUGAAUACAUUUGGUGCGUUCUUAGGGGUCCUACUGGUGUAUUUCUCGGGGUAUCUCAUCGAGACCACCGGCUCCUGGACGUCUGUGUUUGCCCUCAUCACUACAGUCAACCUGCUGGGCCUCUGCACCUUCCUGGCCUUCGCCGAGGCCCGCCGGCUCGACAUCGACCCGAGCAAGGUCCGCCACCAUAACAUCCACAUCUAGAUCCAGAGGGACCAGCGUGCUAUCCCCCCUCCAAGGGAGAUACGACCCUUUGGCAACCAGCAGCUUGGGCAUUGUCCGAAAACUACUUUGAUCGGCUCUGUGUCUGGUUGAUGAAGUACCGCAAGAGUUACUGAAAAGCACACCGCAGAGCUUGCUCACUAUUAAUGACAAAUUGUUGUGGAGCUAAAGCAUCAAAUCCUAGAAAAGAAACACAGCUGUGAUCAAGGCUGGAAUGGGAAAGUAAUAAAGUCCACACUACCUCCAGGUCUCAGCUUGGGCAGCACACAGUGGUUAGAGGUGCUAAAUUCGAUUAUUCGGAGCGUAACAGCUGGUAAUAUCUCCCUGAGCAGGGAAUGAAGUCAAUCUCUCUCUCCUUUUGUUCUAAUCAGAGUGUCUCCGUUUUUUGUUGACAUAGCUGGGCCGUGUUUCUAGUCCACGUUGUGGAAGCGUAGCACGCAAACCUCCGGUUCCCCCUUUCGGGAAAAACACUGUUGGCUCUGCCAGCACUGUUUUGCCCGUUGUUCCCGCUGCUGUCAGCACCAUUAGCUGUGAGCCGUCGCCAUGUUGAGAGCCGUCGAGAGGCAACAGAAAAAUGCUCCCGAUCUCGCAUUCAGCACCUUUAAACCGUUACCGGGCUGCUGAUUUACACUUGUCAUUUGUUACAGAAUGUGUUACUGAGCACGAGGGAAGUCAUGGAAAUCGUCGAGAGUGACGGAUGUGGAGCUCUCUGACAGUUGUGACUUAUCGAGGUGUGUGUGUGUGUGCGCGCGUGUGUGUGUGUGUGUUCGUUCUUACCCUGCGGGGGUGGUGGGGGAGACGGUGUGGGUGACGCAGGGAGAGUCCAGCCUCCCGCACCUGAAGUCUUUUAUUAGUACGCCCCACUCACCCAUCACUGUCUGAGUGACACCUCAUUACCCAGCCGCUAAUUACUUGGCAGGCGCUCUAAUGUCCUUUACCGUUUCCUGCUAUACUCCUCAUCUCCAUGGCUACACGCUCAUCCUGUCAGUACAGUCAGACGGGUCACGGCGACGCGGCUUUGAUGGAGUGCGUUCUCACCGUUUGUUGCUUUAAAGAAUAUGUUUUGAGUUGAAAGACCAAAGGUAAUUCAUUUUCCUUUAUUUCUAUGUGAUUGCAUGUAAUAGAAAUACCAAACUUAAUGUACUUUGGAGUAUAUUUAUUUGAUUCAAAUUAAUUUUUUUACAUUUCUUUUUAAUGAAUAUUUUAAGUUAAAAUGAAUAAAUAUAUAUUAGGUGAGAUGACAGAAAAUCAUAAUAAGUUAUUAACAGUGUAAUGCAGUAUGAAUAACCCUAAUAGACCUUUCAGCGGGUCUAGUUUCCUCGCUUCUUUUCUGACCUCCACUUUGAGGGAAAAGGUCCACAUCAUCACUUUGGUGAAAACUAGAUCUCCGACUUGUUGUCAUCGCACUUAACUUUGAUGUUAGCUAGGCAGGAGGAGAUGUCUGAGGUCCCUCCCCUUCCGCUGUUCCCCGUGGGAUCUUAUUUUGGGCAAAAACAUAUGUAUGUUUGUCAAUGGAGAGAGUCAAAUAGUUUUUUUAUCCCGUUUGAAUUUGUGCCAUAAAUUACACACGUGAUGUUGGCCAAUUUAACAGAUAACAUUGCACGCAAAGAAAGAAGCAGUGUGUCGCAGGUUUGUUGUAGUACCAUCUAGUUUUGAGUUAAAGAGCCCAGUGAACCACAUCUCUGUUCGACACCAACACCAACAUGGCCGUUACUUUGGCUUGCUAGCGAGCUAGCUAACUUAGCUAUGUUCCACCCACAAAUGUAACGUUAUCUCACCUGAUGCGUUUUUAUCCAGCGAUUCUUUUUUCUUUUUUUUUUUAAUCAGCCUUGAAACGAGUGAGUUGGUGUGAAUUCAUCCUGGUACGAAACACACCGGCACCGUAGCUUCAGAGAGAGGCGUCAACUACUCGACUUUCGGCGGCGUCGUCUUUUUAAUUGGGUCUUUUUCACUUAUACUUCAACAGUUGUACGACAAAACGUAACUUUCUUAACGUGCAAACAUUUAUUUUAGUUGACCUGACAUUGUAUGUGUAAUUCAUGGGAUAAUUCAAACGGGAUGAAAUAAUUAUUUAUCUCUCACCGUUGACUAUCGUACAUAUUUCUUCUGAAAUAAGGUAGCAUGGUGGUCAACCAAAAGGGGGCGGGACUUCACCUCCCUAUAGUUAGCACAGAAUGGAGCCCAUUCACGCGUCAUGGCGGUGUCAGAAAUGGUGUCUCUGUCUCGCUGAGGCAGAUUUAAAUAUAGUUCCUCUCUGUUACGCACUGACGCGAUGAAUGUUGCCGGUCAGGUGAGAGGAUUUAAAAAAUCUUGAGGCUCAGUACAGUUGAGCAACUGGAGAACAUUUGGAACGUUGACGCAAAGUACGUAGCAACGAGCUAGCUGUCAAGCUCCGGCUGAAUGUUGAAGUGAGUGUUUGUAGCAUUUAACUUUGGCAUUCACAGCACAGAAAGAUUUCACUUGCAGUCCAGAUGCUCACGUCACACGUGUACCUUUUUUUUUAAAUCUAUGCAUUUAUUAUGUUCUGCCCGAUGUAAGCAAUGGCAGAACUUUAAGAUGUGUUCACACUGUCAUGUAAUUGAUUCUUGUGCUAUCGCUACAUUGUUGCCUUCUCUGUAGGAGUUUUGUUGCUUCUGUGGGACUGGUUAUCGUUAUUCACAUACAAAGACGCACGCGUUUUCUUGAGUGUUUUCUACAAACACUCUGAAGUGCAUCCUUUGGCUGGAAUGGAUUUAUUUUUCAGAAGUGCCCAUUGUCUUGGUCAGUGGUUACAAUGUGGACGUGGAUUUAUUUAAAACCAUUGCUCUGUCCCUCAGAUUAAAGAUGCAUUUACUGUAUAUCAAAUGUACUUAGAUCGUUUGUGUCUACUGACUAUUUAGAAUAAUUCAUUUUGAUAUAAAAUCUGAUAUCUACGCCAAAUGUCACUUUGAUUCUGUACCGACUAUGUUUAUUUGAUGUGUUUGUACACAAAGUGUCUGCCUACACCUUCCAGAUACCAAAUGUAUUUACACGGUACAAAAUACUCAGCCGUCAACUUCUUAGCCUUAUUAUUGCAUUAUUUACAACUGCAUUCAUUGCUUGUAGCUUUGUGUUGUUACUACAUCUUGCAACAUGUUGUAUGAAAUAACUCAUCUGGUCACCAAUAUUUCUCACUUUGUGUUCCUGAAAGCCUUUCUGUCAAAUCCUGUUUUGAUAACGUGUAAGAUAUGUAUGAUAGAAAGAAUACAUUCCUGCAGGAAAUAUGCAGUAUUCUAAUGCUUUUAAGACGUGUUGUAUUUAAAAGCAUAUAUUAACUUUGAAUAAAAAAAGUCUAUUUUGUCAACA